AUUAAAAAAAAAAAAUCAAAAACAAUAAUUAAUCCUGCACCACCCACGCCGGAAACUAUCUUGUUACGUGGCCCAAUAUAAGAUAACACAUCCAAAUUUUUUACUCCAUUGUUGUACUGUUCUAUCAACACCUUCCUCCAGAGCUCCAAAGUCCAAACUAUGAGGAAUCUGGUAAUCAUCACAGGUUCUUCAUCCUCCAUUGUUGCCUCAAGUCGUUACAACCACUACCAUUUAUUAACCCCAAAACAACCUCCAUUUCUCUCUCUUCACAACUUCAUCUUCCUUUCUCUAUCGAAACCCACCUCCACAGCUCCACCUUCUUCUUCAUCUUCUACCUCUACACCCCUCAUUUCUCCCCAUUUUUACGCACCGAACUUCAAUUCGUCUAAAGUUGAUCUUAAAUUCUAUGCGGAAAUAGCUUCGAAGCUGGUUGAUGAUGGGAGAUUCGACGAUUUUGGGAUGGUUGUGGAGAGUGUAUUGAGCUCCGGAGCUACUGGGUCUUCGUCUUUUGGUAAAUUGUUGAAUUCAAAACUUGUAGUUUCAGGAAUUAUUAAGGGAUUGAAGGAAGACAGAAUUAAGGAUGUUGUUGGAUUGUUGGGAUGUUUGCCGCAAUUGAAUGUUAGUAUUUUGGGGAUGUUUGAUGGGUCAGCUAUGGAGUUGCUUAAAAAAGAGUGUUUCAGGAUAGUCAAUGAGGGCUAUCUUCAGGAAGCGGUUGAGUUAAUGGAAGCAUUAGCAGGUUUCCAAUUCUUGAUCAAAGACUUGAUAAAGCCCAAUGAUAUGAUAAAAAUAUUAGUCAACAAACGUAACCCUAGCUUGGCCGUAAGGUAUGCCUGUCUACUUCCGCAUGCAGAGAUAUUGUUUUGUACCAUAAUUAAGGAAUUUGGGAAGAGAACGGACCUGGUUUCUGCUAUAAAAGUAUUUGAAGCUUCCAAACAGAAGUUGAGUGGUCAUAACAUGUAUGUCUACCGCACUAUAAUCGAUGUUUGUGGCUUAUGUGGUGAUUGCAUCAAGUCCAGGUUGAUCUAUGAGGAUCUCCUGAUCCAGAAAGUUACCCCAAAUAUCUAUGUUUUCAACAGUCUCAUGAAUGUAAAUGCCCAUGACUUGACUUACACAAUGGAAGUGUACAAGAAAAUGCAAAAUUUAGGCGUCGAGACAGAUAUGACUUCUUAUAACAUCCUUCUUAAGUCUUGCUGUCUAUCGGGAAGAGUUGACUUGGCUCAGGAGAUUUACAGGGAGGUACUGCAAUUGGAAUCAACUGGAGCAAUUAAAAUAGAUGUUUUUACUUACAGCACAAUUAUCAAGGUAUUUGCAGAUGCAAAAAUGUGGCAAAUGGCUAUUAAAAUUAAAGAAGAUAUGUUAUCAGCUGGUGUUACUCCCAAUACGGUAACUUGGUCUUCUUUGAUCAGUGCAUGUGCCAAUGGUGGUCUUGUCGACCAGGCAACUCAGCUAUUUGAAGAGAUGAUUGUGGCCGGUUGUCAACCUAAUUCACAGUGUUUUAAUACACUUCUUCAUGCCUGUGUUGAGGGAUGUCAGUAUGACAGAGCAUUUCGCCUUUUCAAUGCCUGGAAGAGUAAUGGAUCUCCCGAAAACUUUAUUGAAGAUGAUAUUGCCAAUCAAGAUGGAACUUCAAGUGUUCUGCAAACAGAUGAAAAUUCUUACACAAAUACACCGCACAUCAUGGCUACGUCACGUCAGUUGAGCUUUGCUAAGAGUAUUCCAUUUAGUCCCACAACUACAACAUACAAUAUACUUUUGAAGGCUUGUGGUACUGAUUUCUACCGAGCAAAAUCUUUAAUAGAUGAGAUGAAGUCCUUGGGUCUUUUUCCAAAUCAUAUCAGCUAUACAAUUUUAAUUGGUAUUUGCGGAGCAGCAGGAAAUGUAGAGGGUGCCUUACAGAUAUUGAAAUCCAUGAUUGACUCUGGAAUUAGACCUGAUGUUAUUUCUUAUACAACUGCUAUAAAGGUUUGUGUGGAAAGUAAAAACUUGAAUAUGGCAUUUUCAGUAUUCUCAGAAAUGAAGAGGCACCGCAUUAAACCAAAUUUGGUGACAUAUAACACUCUGUUGAGAGCCCGUACUAAAUAUGGUUCCCUACAAGAAGUUCAACAGUGCCUAGCUAUAUAUCAAGAUAUGCGGAAAUCAGGCUACAAAUCCAACGACUACUAUCUAAAACUACUUAUUGAAGAAUGGUGUGAAGGAGUAAUUCAAGGAAGCAAUCAGGAAGGACAACCUAAUUCACGCAACAAAGCUGACAUAGGGGAAAUGCGAAGUUUGAUUCUUGAAAGGGUAGCAAGCCAUUUACGGAAGAAUGUGGUUAAAAGCCUCGCAGUUGAUAUUCAGGGGCUUACAAAGGUAGAAGCUCGGCUUGUAAUCCUUGCAGCUUUACGCCUGAUUAAAGAAAAUUACAAAUCAGGGAGUUCAAUAAAAGAUGAUCUUACAGUUAUAAUAGGAAUUACAAAUGUAGGCGUGGAGUGCAUGGUCAAAGAUGCAAUAACGAAGCUUUUAAAGAAGGAACUAGGGCUCGAAGUUAUUGCAGUAAAUCCAAGUUUGACAGUUGAUAGAACCCUAUAUAAAGAAGGUGCUUUCUACCCAGAUUCAAAUUCAAGAGAUGCUCCUAGAAUGAGCGAGUUGCCUAAUAGUUUUGAUGCACCAGCACGGCGACCUGCUGUAUUGCAAAGACUAUUGGUCACAAAGAAAUCAUUGAAUCAUUGGUUACAAAGAAGAUCGGAUUCUGGAACUAGGGAUUGAUUGUACAUGUGCAUUACUAGUAUUUCAUACUGUAAUAAUUCUAACUACAGAUGUAUACGAAUCAUCUCAUACAGCCAACUAGCCAAAUAGCUAUGUAAAUCCAAAACCUGUGCCUUGUAUUUAAACUGAUAUUAAAUUACAAUGAAUAACAAAGGGUGGAAUUGUUUCCUCA